CUGACAGGUAGAAGAUUGGGGAAAUAUCACCAACUGUCCACUUCAGCUCCCCGUCAGACCUUCUGGACCGUGAGGGACUCGCAGGUCGCAUUUCCCGUAUCUCUUGUGGCGCACGAGGAGCUACGAUGUCGAUGCACCUGUACCAGAUCAGCAGCCGGCUGCUGGUGGACACCGUGGAGAGGAUGAACGACAACCUGACCUCCGUGGUGCUGGCCGCCUCUGUCAUCACCCUGACUCUGGGUUACGUCUCCAAACUCCUGCUCAGACAGUCUGCUGACAGCGGCCAGAAACAUCCGCCCUACAUUCCCUCCAGCAUCCCCUUCCUUGGACAUGCCAUUUCAUUUGGAAAAAGUCCCAUUGAGUUUCUGGAACAAGCUUAUGAUAAAUACGGCCCCGUGUUCAGCUUCACCAUGGUGGGGAAAACGUUCACCUACCUGCUGGGCAGUGAAGCCGCCGCGCUGAUGUUCAACAGUAAGAACGAGGACCUGAACGCCGAGGACGUGUACUCCAGGCUGACCACGCCGGUGUUUGGUAAAGGAGUGGCCUACGAUGUGCCCAAUCCUAUCUUUCUGGAGCAAAAGAAGAUGUUGAAAACUGGACUGAACAUCGCUCAUUUCAAGGAACAUAUCAAGAUCAUCGAGGCAGAAACCAUCGAGUAUUUCCAGAGAUGGGGAGACAGCGGGGAGAGAAAUCUGUUUGAGGCGUUGUCUGAGCUGAUCAUCCUGACGGCCAGCAGCUGCCUGCACGGGAAGGAGAUCCGCAGCAUGCUGGACGAGCGAGUGGCUCAGCUGUAUGCCGACCUGGACGGAGGCUUCAGCCACGCUGCCUGGCUGCUGCCCGGCUGGCUGCCGCUGCCCAGCUUCAGGAAGAGGGACAAAGCCCACAGAGAGAUCAAGAACAUAUUUUUCAAGGUGAUUCAGAAGCGCAGGACGUCUGGAGAGAAAGUGGACGACAUCCUGCAGACCCUCAUUGAUGCCACCUACAAAAAUGGGCGUCCGCUGAAUGAUGACGAGAUAUCUGGGAUGCUGAUCGGUCUCCUCCUGGCCGGUCAGCACACGUCCUCCACCACCAGCGCCUGGAUGGGCUUCUUCAUGGCCAGAGACAAAGACCUGCAGCGGCGCUGCUACGCCGAGCAGAAGGCCGUGUGCGGAGAGGACCUGCCCCCCCUCGACUUUGACCAGCUGAAGGAUCUCAGUCUGCUGGAGCGCUGUUUGAAGGAGACCCUGCGGCUCCGCCCACCCAUCAUGACCAUGAUGAGGAUGGCUCGCUCUCCUCAGACUGCUGCAGGAUACACCAUCCCGGUGGGCCACCAGGUCUGCGUCUCCCCAACCGUCAACCACCGUCUGCACGACACCUGGAGCGAGAGGAUGGAGUUCAACCCCGACCGCUACCUGAGUGAGACCCUGAUCGGAGAGAACAAGUUUGCUUAUGUGCCUUUUGGAGCCGGCCGUCACCGCUGCAUCGGGGAAAACUUCGCCUACGUCCAGAUCAAAACCAUCUGGUCUACUCUGCUGCGCAUGUACGAGUUCGACCUGGUGGACGGAUAUUUCCCCAGCAUCAACUACACCACCAUGAUCCACACCCCCCACAACCCCGUCAUCAGAUACAAGAGGAGGACGCAGUGAGAGGCCAGGAAACAUCCCACAUGUUCAGAAACAAGCUUGAUGGGACUUAAAAUGAGGAAACGAUCCACAUUUGCACUUCCUUGAAUGUCCAACCUGUGCUAUUAUCCUUCUUUUUUUCCAAGUUUGGAGUCGAGCUGCGAUGGAGCGUUUAGGCAGGUGGGAGGGAUCACAGAGCAGGAAACAGCAAGUUCCCAGAAAGGUGGCAAAAGAAUUGAUCCUCAUCACUGUGAGCCAGAGUAUAUAUGCAAUUAAGCAAGAACAGGCAAUAAUAUUUAUACAUUUCCCUUUAUCAAGUUUGGAAAUAAUUCAGAUUUAUAGGCUCAUAAAGGGGAGUUGUUUUCAUUAACUGUAAAAACGUGGCGACCAAGAAGCGCCAUUGUCGUGUAGAUGUGACAAUGUGGGCUUCACAGUGUCACAGUGGUUAACGCUCGCCCUCACAGCAGGAAGUCACCAGUUUGAUUCCAUCCUUUGCUGCCUUGCUGUGUAUGUGUGGGUCUGGUUUUCUCCCACAGCCUUCGCCCGGAAGUCAGAUCUGCUUCUCUGAGCGCUGUCCAACUUAUUUUCCCAGUGGGAAGUUCUGAGUUUAAAGGCAUCCACAUGUAUUUUUCCCCACCUGGAAGUAGGAUAUGUCCCACUUCCCAGUUACUGAUAAGCACAACAUAUGUUUGUAAGUCAGGACAAAAGAUGAAGUUUUCAGUUAUUUGUGUUUUCACUGUGACUCUGAAGCUCUUUCAACAUCUGUGUGCCUUAAUGGUGUGAAAUGACUGAAUUAAACUUUUGCAGUCAUCCCAGGAUGAUUUUUUUUUUCUGUUUUCCAGAUUUAUGUCCAGGGAGUGAUAUAGUGAAGAAAAAAACCUGUGAAAUUUAAUAAAACUGCAGGAUGAUGUUUUUAAGAAACAGCAGGUGCUGAAACUGCACCUCCCAGGUUGAUUUACAGCUUUUUGACAUUUGACACGAGCUUCCUUUGAACUGAUGUUUAUCCUUGUAUCAGCUCAUCCGGCACACGCAGCUUUCUGAAAAUGUCAUUAAAUCACUUUUUCAAAACCUAAUAUAGCAGCUUCAUUCCGUGGGCCAUAUCGAACAGUCUCGUGACCCAGGUUUGGCUCACGGGCCAUAUUUUGGACAACUGUGCUCGACGGACCAGAACUGAUCAGCUCUUAUGUAAAUGCUGUAAUUUCCAUUUUUCUGAGAAUUGUUUGCACUUUUUGGAGAUGGAUGCCUGGAAAUCGGAUCUUAUGGUGAAACGUAAUGUUUCAUUGUUGUUGAUAUUCAGAUGUUGCAUAAUAAAGAUGAA